CGGCUCUGGCACAGACGUCACCGCCGCGCGCCGGAAGUCGGGCCUCGACGGGGCCCAGCCCCGCCCCCCUCCCGCUCUGCCCUCCUUCCGCCUUCCCGCGGCACCGCGCAUGCUCCUCGCCCACGCGCCGAGCUGGGCCGCCCGCCCAGAGGAAGAGGUGUUAGAAUAGAAGACAGUGGUGGUGAGCCAUUGGGACGUCCUUGCUUUGCCAUCGUAUCUGGUGUGCGCGUGACCAAGGAACCUGUGCGUGGCCUGGGAACUCAACUGUGCUCUCAGUGGGUUGGGAACGAGCAUCACACUCCAAAUUGUUCUUUUGUCGUGGUCUCAAAGGUGUGAAGACUUCCGUGACUUCCCAGAACUAAGGGUCAGGUUGUGUGCAGUACAGACACAGUGAGCACUGGCCCAGUUUAGAGCGUGACUGACUUAGUUACUCAGCAGUACAAAAAUCAUAGGAUGCAUAUGGAAUGGUGAACAAAACACAGAAAAACAUCAGUUCCUGUAAAUAAAUAAGCAGUGCAGCCUGGCAUUGGACUAGUACUGGUCCCUGCACCUCCAGGUAGAUACUGCAGAAUCAGAGCUGGAGAAGACAGCACAGAAAGAAGAAACAAAGUGUCUGUCGUUGCCACUUUGAUAUAUGCACAUAGCGUCCAUUUCUUACUGCAUGUGUCUUCAGCAAAAUCUCCUACAGAAGUAUGAGAAUGGAAAUGUCAGAAGAUGAUAUUAAUAUGGAAGAUUACCCCACUGAAAUUCAUGAUUAUCUCGCAGCAUUUGAAAGAUCUCUUGUUACUGUAGAUGAGAUGCUGGAGACAAUGAUGUCCGUUUCCAGGAGUGAGCUUCUCCAAAAGUUAGAGCCUCUUGAGCAAGCAAAGCUGGAUUUGGUUUCAGCCUAUGCAUUAAAUUCGAUGUUCUGGGUGUACUUGGCUACUCAAGGAAUAAAUCCAAAGGAGCAUCCAGUGAAACAAGAACUGGAGAGAAUAAGAACAUACAUGAACAAGGUCAAAGAAAUAGCAGACAAGAAAAAAGCAUCCAAACUUGAUAAAGGAGCAGCUUCUAGAUUUGUAAGAAAUGCACUCUGGGAACCAAACCCUGAAAAUGAACCUACCUCCAAAACUCCUGCUAAAGCAAAAAAGAGAAAGAUGGACUAAAUUUUUAUUUCCCCCUAUAUAAAUCAGAGAUGACCAGACUGUUUAAAAUGUUUUGCACACUGUAUGCAUCUUGUAGAGGUGCAGUGUAGCAACAUCUUUGUUAUACUGAAAAUGUUUUAUGGGACUGUGUUUUGUCCAGAACACUGGUCACUGAGGUCAUCACUUUAUAUGCAUGUCUGAAAGUGCUUUUUGAUGCUAGAAAACUGAUGCUUCAUUCCCCAAAUGAUAAUGACUAUCUUGCUGAUAAUAUAUAGUAGGUAUGUUUUGCUUUUAAUGCCUAGGAAUUACUUUUUCUUUUUUUUUAAGUGCUGAAUGAUUGAUACUGUUUUAAUAUUUAGGAUAUUAAAUACAUGUAAAAAUUGUGUCAAA